AUGUAUUUUGCAACAUUGUUGGCUCCGGUCGCAUUGGCGGCUGUUGCCAAUGCCAGGACUGCCGACAAUGUCGAGCCUUGCGCUCAGGUUAGCAAGUUGGUGACCGCUGCCGACCAGAGCAAGACAAAUGUCCGAGUGCCUCAUCAGCUGGCACAUCAGUGUUUGAUGUCUAUGCCAUUUGAUUCAGACUGUGCCGUCUCUUUCCUCAAGCAGGUCCGCAAGACCCUCGAAUUCCAGUCGACGGUCGAUAUCCUCAAGAACCCUCCCUCGGGAUAUGCAUUUCCGUCUGUUGACCUCCUCGGGGGCAUUGACAAGAUAGCGGACAAGGCGAAGAGCAAGCACUAUUCCAGUCAGUUUGAAAUGGAUCUGGAGCUUUCCAAGCUGGUCAAAUCGGCCCAUGACGGCCACUUGACAUUACAGCUGUGCUCCCAGAACGUCUUUAGCUAUGAAAUCGAUAUGCCUUUGGUUUCAAUCUCGUCGGAUGGGCUCACCCCUCCCGAAGUAUACACAUUGAAUGAUGCCAAACUUCAAAAGGCGGGCACUGAGGGCGUCUCCAAGCUUGUAUCUAUCAAUGGCACUGACGCGGCCAAAUAUCUGGAAUCUUAUGCUGCCAGCCAAAAUCUCCACGAUCGUGAUGCACAGUACAAUCGAUUGUUUCCUGCGGUAGCCCGCAGUGUCACCAACACUGCUAUUGACCAGAACGGCAUCUGGGCAUCCACCAAAGACUGGACAGAUGGAGACCACUUGUCGCUCAAGUUUGCCAACGGGUCUGUGAAAAGCAUACCGAAGACGGCGAAACCAAGCGAGAGGUUCUUUGAUUAUGCAAAUGGCACGCUCAUAUACAAUAUCCAAUGUCUACCCAGGAGCUUGUCCUCAUCCUCGGGCUCCUCCUCAUCGGGUGCCGAGCAAGCCUCAUCUGAAGUCCCCGGACUCCCCAAAACCAGCUGGCGCAACUCAGACAAUUCCAUUGCAGGGUACUUCUCCAGCGUCUCCGGCCUGCACGACACGGCGAUCCUGUUCCUCCCAACCUUUUCAUCCAGGGCGUCCGAGGUCGCCCAGGUCGCCACGGACUUCCUGCACAACGCCACGGCCGCUGGCAAAAAGAACGUUUUGAUCGACCUCGCCGCCAACCCGGGCGGAUUCAUGUCGGCGGGCAUUGACCUGUCCCGGAUCUUCUUCCCGGAUGCCACCCCCUACACGGCGACACGCUUCCGAGCGCACGACGCCGCCAAGUAUCUCACCAAGGCGUUUUCCCGCGACACCAGCCCUGACACGAGCAAUAUAUACGCGUACAAGCAGAUGGUCAAGCCGGACCAGAAAACCGGGUUCAGCUCGUGGUCUGAUCUCUACGGGCCGCACCAAACCCUAGGGAGCUCGUCCUCUAGUCUGCUAGCCAAUUUCAACUACACUGCCACCUCGAACAAAGUCUACCCCAUCAAUGGAUACGGGUCGAUUCCAUUGAAUCCCAAGAAAGCCUUGUUUUCUGCAAAGAAUAUCGCCAUAAUCACAGACGGCGACUGCCUCUCCACCUGCGCAUUCUUCAUAAAACUCAUGAAACGCCAAGGCGUGCGCACCAUCGCCUUCGGCGGCCGCCCUCAACAAGCCCCCAUGCAAGGCGUCGGCGGCGUCAAGGGCGGCCAGUCCCUCGGCGUGAACUACAUCAACGGAUAUAUCCAGCAAGCCAACAAGCUGAUCCAGAAAUCAGCCGGGUCCUCGAAGCCGCUGCUGACGACUGCCGAAUGGAGGACGCUUAACGAGUCCAGUCCGAGUUUGGCGCCGUCGCUGGCUUGGGGUGGGAAUGUCAACUUGCGCAACGAGUAUGAUCCCCAUGAUGACCAGACGCCGCUGCAGUUUGUGUAUGAGGCUGCUGAGUGUCGCCGCUUCUAUACUAUGGAUGAUUAUCUGCAGCGGGAGUCUGUUUGGCAGGCGGCGGCGAAGGCCAUGUUUGGGGAUGGGGAAUGUGUCAAGGGGUCGACGAAGGGGAAGGGUAGUCUCGAUGCUUGA